GAACAAACGAUCGAAUUCUCUCAUCUUAUCUUAAACAAGAGUACCUACCGCUAUCUCGGCCAAAUACUACAAUUUUUUAGUGCUGAAAUCGACAUUAAUCCAUGUGAUCGCGUAUUGACUUCCCUCUGAGAAAGUCGGUGUGUUUUUCGUAACGGUUUGUGCAGGCCUAUUGAGUUCUAAAAUGGAUAGACCAAGCACAAGCCAACAGUCAGUGGAGAAGGUGGAAAUGUUCGAGGUUAGGGAACAUGUUCCGUAUCAAGCGGAGAUAACCAGGGCCCCGGCAGCAUACGACGAGGAGAGCGGAGAUUUGUAUAACUCCUCCUGGGAUUCAGCUUGGAGAUCUAUUUGUCAGCUCUUCAAUUUGCUCCAACACAUGCAAGUGGCCAUUGUUGUGUUCUCCCUGUGGCAUUUCGCGCUAACUUCAGCACCAAGCGGGGCGAUCAGUAAUUUACAACUUCAUAUUAUAUUCGCGGGAACUGGUUACCAACUGUUCCUGGUAGAAGCUAUAAUGACGUUGCACCGACACAACUCAUGGUCCUCGCAGCUAUCAAAAGACAGUAAACGAAUCAUACACGGCUGUCUGCAGCUAAUAGGAGCUCUGUUUGUCCUAGCCGGAACUUUUCUGGCCCUGGCAGAAGUGAACAUGCAAAUCAAUACUGCCCACGGAAUCUGCGGUGUUAUAGCAUUAGCAUUUACUCUAGUCAGUUUCAUCAGCGGCAUAAUAGCGUUAUUUUCUUCUAAAGUAAGGUUAAUGGUUAAAAGCGGACCUGUGAAAAUUUUACAUCUUGCGGUAGGUAUGUUUGCAGUUUCAAUGGGCCUUAUAACCAUCACGAUAGGGUUGAACAUGGACUUCUUCACCGCUUCGCAAGGAGGACUGUCAACAGCGCUAAUAGCUUUUGUAGUGUUAACGUUGUUUUAUGUUAUAAUACAGCCUAUAGUAGACUUAGUGUCUACAACUCGAAAUGUUAUGUGACUAGUCGAAGUCCCGGGUUCUACAGAUGGUGACAGUGUCGCGUAGGUUGAAUUUAAAAUAGUAAGUCGUAAUAAAAUAAUAAACGAUCGUGUAGGAACUAUAGACGAAAAAUUAACCGAAUGUAAUGUCCGUUCGAUUUAUAAUUUAAACCUUUUUCAUAGCUUUAUUUUUAAGGUUAAGUACCUACUUUCAAGUAUUGCAUCUUUUAAUUAUAUAUUGUUUAUAAAUGAAAUUAAAUCCUUAAUGUAAUAAUAAUUUCUUAGAGUGUUGUUGAUUAGAAAAUUUUUAUACGUGUAAUUCAGUUUUACGCGUAUAAAUAACAGUUGACUGGAAUUUAGGCUCACUUUUUCUAACUAACCUGACAACGUUUACUACAUUAUGCUUAUAAACAGUUUUGCGGUUUGGUCUCUUUGUUAGUUAAAUUAUUUCGUGGUCUCAGAAGAUUAGUACUUUUUUUUUAAAAUGCACAAAAUUCAUAAGGGAAAACUGUUUUUUGUUUUUCACUAUUUCUGAAUGUAAGUAACUCAAGCCUUAAGUUGACAAGGAAAAACUAUUUUUAACGCGUUUUUAUUUGCUUGGUCGUAGCUUUCAACGUAUUUUUUACCAUCUCUAAACCAAAGUUCUGUAACAGGAAGAUACUACGAUUUGCUCAUGUUGCUCUUUUUGUCAUAAAAAAAAAACGAGCAAUUUUAAUGGUGUUUCACAAAUUAUUCUGUUUAAUUAACUGUAUAUCAAAUUUAGAACACUUUUAAUUUAAAAAAACAAAAUAUUUAAUUUAAUUUUAAGGAUUUCCAAAAAAACGCUGUUUUUUUGUCUGUUUAUUAGCCUUUCUUAUAUUACUGUAAUAGUUACUUGUAUUGUUAUUAGUUAAUAAUAAUAUUAAGUUCGUACAAGUGACCUAAAUGUUUGAGUGUCGAAUAAAUGUUAAUUUAUACAA